AUGACUGAAAAAAGUCCAUUAGAGGGGGAUCCUUCUGAACCUAUUACUGAACCCAUGUCAUCAUUCAAGGGGGAGAGUUAUUAUACGAAUGCGAAUGUCGAUGAUGAUCAAUCAAAAUUUGAAGAAGAAGUAGAUGCCGAACUGGAUCCUAGCUACAAUCCAAAAUACCCUCCACUCACUAAAUGGACAAGAGAUCUUCCGAAAACACAUGUGAUUGGUGAAUCAUCUAUGGAAGUCCUUACACGCUCUCAAGAUAUGCAAGACAAACUCAAUGAGUUCAAACGAAACAAGGUUUGGAGAUUGAUUCCCACACCACCAGAUGCAUCUGUGGUAGAUCAAAAAUGGGUGUUUCGCAACAAGAUGGAUAAACAAGGCAACGUCAUAAGGAACAAAGCGAGACUUGUGGUGACAGGAUAUUAUCAGUGCAGAUUUUUCUGA